AUGACCAGUUUCAUGUAUUCACCAAAUAUCACAACCGCUAUCUCCUCCUCCUCCUCAUUUGAUCCCGUCCCUCCGUCUUCCGUUCUCCGAAUGCCUUCCCUUGACAGUUCGACCGUCGCAAACGACGAUGACCGCGGGUAUGCCUCGCAGCAUGGCAGGUGCAGAGACGGUGACUUGCGCGUUAAUUAGUUUAUAGUGAUAGUGGAGUUGGGCAGCAUCUACCGCACUCUCGCCCCCCCUCCCUCACCCUCCUAGGUCGUGACAGUUUAGAAUCGCGUCAGAUCGUCAAUAAUGAGGAAUCUGCGCCGAGAGCCGAUGCAUUCUCUCUCUCUCUCCUGUGCGCCAUUCCGCUGCCCGAGCCGGUCAGUAAUCCGCGAGGACUGGGUGUAAGUGGCUAACGGAGCUAAACAGCUGGUCUGCGCGUGCCUCACGCGACCUGGUUCUCCGGCACAGCACGCUGGUCUUCUUCACGAAGUGCGUGGGCAUCUCGGGGAUGAGAGCCCCUCUAGGGGAGGGGGGGGCAUCGAACCUGAAUCACAGUCCUUCAAUCAACCACUCCACAUAAAAUACACAGGGCUGGACACGGGGGCUGAGUUGUACAGUCAGUUGACAACCCUCCAAGUCCCUUCCUUACUGUCUUUAUCUCAUACGUAUCAUCACUUUUUUUGCUACUCAUGUUCUUUUUCUGGCAAGACUGCUCCAGACGUUUAUUUGACCGGGCAGGGUGGGUUUACGCACAAGACGAUCCUAUUCCCAAUGGGUUGUUCCGGCUGACAGCAUCGGUGUCAUUGAAUACUCAGCUCGUGAUCAGCGAAAACUAAUGUUCACGUUCUUCUCUGGACAAAUUCCAAAAUCUCCUCUCACUCAGUUUGGUCCUCAAAUGCACCACCCUGUUUUGCUGUAUUGGGGAGGGGACAAUCCUUCCUAUGCCACGGUAGUCUGUUUAAACUGUCACGUACUACAUUGGCUUCACAUGAUGCCCAACUCUCAUCCAUGGCUUCAGGAAGUUCCGCUUGGGUUGUUCCUUUGACUGGUGGGCGAAUCCUGUUCCCCAAAACGGCCUACACGGGAAGUAUGUUAGACCAGUGUGGGGGGCCAGAUCAGCUUCCGAUACGCGUUAUUAGGCUGUGCACUAACAACAGAUGCCACACGUGAGGGGGGUGGUGUGGCGACGCGCCCAUGCGCAGGCUCACACCGCGCCAGCCACCUACACCCGACCACACCUCCGUUUUCUUGACUCUGUCUGGGCACCUGAACCAUCUGGGUGGGGAGGAGAGAGUGCGGUAGAUGCUGCGUAAGUCGGUCAUCACUAUAAACUACUUCCCGCCCAGGUCACCGUCCCUACGCUUAUCCUGAUCUAGGGCACAGUGUGGAUAUCAUCGGCAACGAGGGUCGAACUCUCUCGGUGGACAAAGGAAGGUUUCUGAAAAUUCUGGCUUGGUGAAAAGAACCAAGCCAUGUGCAACAGGUGUAGAUCAGACUGCUGCCUGUUCAAAGACCGCGCCGCAGUUAGUCUUCAAUCGUCCUGACCCGAACUGCCACCAAACCAAUGGGAGCGAUGGGGGGGGGGGACAGGAGAGGGAAAGCGACAAGCUUCCGCACGUGCAAGUCAUCCUACUACCGUCUGUCACCUUCUAUUUGGUGAUGGUUGUGGACGAUGGACUAACCAGCACCUGGAAGCAAGAACCUAAGGCUUGCCUACAUAGAUUCGAAUCCCCUCCGCAGAACAAAAGUCGACUUAAGUGCAUACUGCUCCUGUCGCAUCCUCAGAGAGGCCAGACAUGCAUGCUCGUUGUUGGUCGGCCGGCCGGCCAGUCGGAGUGUUAACAAGCCCAAUGACCCAAUGUUCUCCGCAGUAAUGGCUGCCCUCUUUAACGCAGGUCAGGCUUACAUAGCUGCAAGGCCCUGCUCGCUAUUCGGCGGAAUUUCGACGAGAUUUUUGAACUCCUACGGCCUCGAUCCCACCGUGGGCUUUCCUAAGGGUCCUUUUCUGGCUCACCUGGUGACAAGAUACGUCUCAAUAAUGUGUUCUGUUCUUGUUGCGCUGUGUGCAGUGAUCAGUUUGCAGGGCAGUCGAAUACCCCCACAGUCAGUCUCCUCCUCUUCCUCAUCCUCAUCCUCAUCCUCCUCCUCCUCCUCGUCCUUCGAUCGCGGACGGCCUGGACAAGCUGGGGCAGGCGGGCAGUCUGCCCACCAGUUAUUUCGGUCGCAGGCAUGGAGGGGAGGGGGGAAGCUGCCCUGGACUACUUCUGCCGCUAGUGAGCUCGCCUACAACUAG